UACACCCCUGGUUUCGAUAUCGAUAACAAAACAGCUGAUCCUUUCACAUUUUCCCAAAACAAAUUUUGUUUAUGUUCAUUUUCUGACUAUAUCCCAGCUUUAAAAUGCCCUUUCAGUGCCGGACUUGCGCCGGCGUCAUCUACCACACAAGGCCAAAGAAUCUCUUUAGCAUUGACAACGCCACAAUGCUGCUAAACCUUAGACAGGUGACCGGCGCUGUGAUUAAUAAUGAUCCGGGGCUGCCCAGUUGUAUUUGUGGCUGCUGCCUGCACGACUUGAAGCUGGCCAUUGUGUUCAGGGAACGGUGCCUCCAAACGCAAAAGGAUCUGCUCCAGCGCGGCAAGAGUGUCAAAGGGGAAGUCUUUGAACAGGAGCAACAGGAUGACCAGGAGGAGGAGGAGGAUGAGGUAGAAGAGAUGGUGGAGGAUGAGCAGGAGGAGGAGGCGGAGGAAGAGGAAUGCGAAGCUCAGCAGGAGGAGGCUAACACCGAUGGGCUGGCUUCGUCUGACGUUUUGGAUGACUCCUUUGAGGCAGACGAUUUCUAUGAUGAAAUCGACGCUUGUCUCGGCGUCGAGGAAGAACCUGUCAAAACUGUGGAGAAGGCCGACACCCUGAACACAAAUGUGACCGAGGAAUUCGAAACCAUUUACGAAACCAGCACAGAUCACGAAGAGUUCUUCAGCCGCCUAUCUGGGGGUGAAAUCGAGGAGGACUGCUACACAGACUGCUCCUUUUCGAACUCUUCCAGACAUCUUCAGCCAAAUCGCAAACAGAAUUCUUCUACAAAUAAGGCAGAAGUCGCAGAAAACAGCCUUACGGACAGCUCCUGUCCAGCCUCUCCCGUGCAGUCCAAGUCAGUGAAGCAACGGGUUCGCCUACGCGGGAGCACAUCAAAACCCACCGACGUUGAUUUUGAACCCCCGACGACACCCCCGAAGACCAGGAAAAAGAAACCUUAUGUGACUUGGAAAAACAUGACCGAGGAACAGAUUGUGGCGCGGAAACGACAGCAACGCAUGCGCGAUUGCGUGUGCGAGCAAUGUGGUAGGCACUUUAAGGACCAGAGCAACUUCAAGCUGCAUAUGCUGCGGCACACGGGCAUAAGGAACUUUGCCUGCGAGGACUGCGGAAGGCGCUUCUACACGGAGCACCUUCUGUCGCUGCACCAGAGGAUUGUGCACAAUGGUGAGCGGCCCUAUGCGUGCCGAUUCUGCCCCAAGACCUUCCACAACAGCACCACCCGUGUAAUUCACGAGAGAAUUCACACAAAUGCCCGACCAUACAGCUGCACCCACUGCGACAAGUCCUUUAGCUCGGCUUCCGGGCGCAAACGUCAUGAGCUGAUACACACCGGUGUGAGGGCCUAUUCCUGCUCCAUUUGCGAACAAUCCUUCCAGCGCAACACACAUCUAAAGGCUCAUCUGCGAUCCAAACUGCACGCUUUUCGGGCGGAGUCAAAUAACAUGAAGGAGGAAAUGUAAUGGGGCAGUAAAUUAAAUUAAAAAUUAAAUUAAUUAAAAAU